AGUCAGAUAAUGCUUUGUUCUUCGCUAGCAAAUGUUUACUUAAGCUGCCUUCUCUUUCAGCUUCUAGAGAGGGUCCAAAUGGCUCUGGGCCAGGAAGGCUCCUUGGGGGGUGUGUCCCCCACCCCCUCCUUUACUCUGACCUCAUGCUGAGCUACAUGAAGGAGUGGGGGGCUUCCCAAGGGCUUUUGGUCCUUCUGCUGGGGUUGGUGGUUUCCCUUAAUUGGCUUGCAUGUCCCCGGGCAGCUCACUGGUUCCCUGGAAGGUCAGUGGGAAGGGUGGUAUGUGGCGGUGGCAGACACCUGUACCGCUAGCUUCUGUUGCCCCGGGAAUGUGGGGCUCCCUCUCCAAACCACUGGCAGUUUCCACCCCCACUCCUAGGAAUCACCCAGCCACACAAAGCACUUCCGGUUCAAGCCUGCCGUCCCCAGCGUGAUCCCACAGUAGUGUGAGCAAUUGAUGGGAAUCCAUGCUGAGCCCAGAGCAGGACCCUGACUGCAGGCCGCCCAGCUGGUGCGGCCACCAGAGGAGGGCACCCGUCUGCACAGCCCCCUCCACGCUGGCCCUGAGGAUUCCCCCCGUGGUGUGGAUGGCACUCCAGGCCAAGCUCAGAGACCUCUGCUGAGGCCCACUGUUGGAGUCACAUUAAAGUGGAACCAAACAGGGAGUGAGGUUGGUAGUAACUGCAGUAAUUCUUCAUUCCGCAAACAACUAUUAAGCACCCGUUGUGUGCCGAUCUCGUCUAGGGGUAGCAGUCACCACAGUGUGAACCAGAGAGGCAGGCGCAGGUGGAGGUGACACAAAGCUGAAGACACCUGGGUAGCUGGACGGUGGGAAGUGCCAGCGAGGAAAGGUCAAGCCAGAGAAGCGCAGGGUCGGGGUUGGGAGAGCUUGUCUUGGGAAGCUCGAGCCAGGUUAUGGCUUGGGAGGACAUGAAGAGCCGUGGCCGUGUCGAGGACAGUGUGCUAGGAAGUCUAAGAACCGGCGGUGAAAACUGGUUUUAAAAGAGUUUGGGGUCGAGUCUGAGGGUCUUGCCCCGAGCAAGGAGGGCUGGAGCUGCUGUAAGCUACGGCUGCCGGACCGGGGCAGAGUUGGUAUCUAGGACAUCCACAGGCAGUCCAGGUCCGGGGCUCCGUGGGGGAGUUGGACGUGAGUGGAUGGAACUUCCAGCCUCUCUCGAGUCCGCCUGCCAUGACAGAAACCCCAUAGACGGGAUGGCUCAGGCAACAGACACUGUUCAAGGUUGUCAGGGCUGGAGGCCCGAGAUCAGGUCCAGAGGGCCUUGGUGCGCAUGCUCACAGAGAGAGAAAUGUCUCUCUUCUCUAUGGACAUCAGUCCCAGCAGACGAGGGCCCCACUUUUAUGUCCUUGUUUAAUCUUAAUUACCACCUAAAGACUGUAUUUCCAAAUAACAGACACAUUGGGGGUUAGCAUUUCAACAUAUGCAUCGGGGUGAGGGGCACAGGUUGGUCCAGAGCAGGGCCCUGAGUCUGGGUUUGAUCCCUGGGAGGAGAGAGGUUGACCAAGGAUAGAGCUCAGUGUCCACUUUUAUUUACCUUCAGUUUCUGGAAGGACCAUGGCUGCUUCUCCCUCAGGGCUCUGCACAACUUCCCAGUACACUGAGGGCUGCGCUCCCAGUCUACCACUGCCUGGUUAGAUCUGCUCCCUCGCCCGUCCCCCGACCCCCGCCAGAUACCAGCUCUAAUGUCACCUCUUCUGGGCACAGUCAGAGGCCCAGGUAUGCAGCACGUUGAUCUGUGUGACUCUGAAUGUAUGGCCACGUUCCCCAUGGGACUGUGAGCCCUGGGAGGCUGGCCUUGUCUCAGUCCUGGCGUACCCCAGGCUCCCAGGCUCUUCAUGCCCCCAGGCAGGCGCUUGGCAAAUAUUUGUUGAGUGACUUGGGAGGUCAUGGAAACCGUGUGCUGGGCCCUUGCAUCGCACUGGGAGACCUGCUUAUAUUUGUGACCAGGACACUAACGAUGCUAGGAGGGCCCACUCGGCCCUUUUUAGGACUGGCUGCUGCUCCUUCCCUUGGGGGGUCUGAGGACCCCAGAAGAUGGGCAGGCAAAUAUGCCAGCUUCUGAGGAGAGAGGAUUUGAAUGGUGGUGUGCCCUAAGGGAGUCUGUAAUCCAGUGCGUUUCAGUGUUCUCAGAGCUGCCGCCAUGGCCCAGACCCUGCAGAUGGAGAUCCCGAACUUCGGUAACAGCAUUCUGGAGUGUCUGAAUGAGCAGCGGCUACAGGGCCUGUACUGUGACGUGUCUGUGGUGGUCAAGGGCCAUGCCUUUAAAGCCCACCGGGCGGUGCUGGCCGCCAGCAGCUCCUACUUCCGGGACCUGUUCAACAGCAGCCGGAGCGCGGUGGUGGAGCUGCCGGCCGCCGUGCAACCCCAGUCCUUCCAGCGGAUCCUCAGCUUCUGCUACACGGGCCGGUUGAGCAUGAAUGUGGGUGACCAGUUCCUGCUCAUGUACACGGCCGGCUUCCUACAGAUCCAGGAGAUCAUGGAGAAGGGCACUGAGUUCUUCCUCAAGGUGAGCUCCCCCAGCUGCGACUCGCAGGGCCUGCACGCCGAGGAGGCCCCGUCAUCCGAGCCCCAGAGCCCUGUGGCCCAGACAUCCAGCUGGCCGGCCUGUGGCACCCCGCUGCCCCUUGUGUCCCGCGUCAAGACGGAGCAGCAGGAGUCGGACUCCGUGCAGUGCACGCCGGUGGCCAAGCGGCUGUGGGACAGCGGCAGCAGUGGCGGUGGCAAUGGCAGCCGCAAGAUGGCCAAGUUCUCCACGCCGGACCUGGCUGCCAACCGGCCACCCCAGCAGGCCCCAGUGGUGGCAGCGGCGCAGCCAGCCGGGGUGGCGGUGGCAGCGGCUGCAGGGGCUAGCACUGGGCAGCCAGCGGGGGGGGCGGCGGCCACAGCGGCAGCAGCAGCAGCAGCAGGGGGCGUGGUGAGCGGGCCCAGCACGUCAGAGCGGACCAGCCCGGGCACCUCAAGCGCCUACACCAGCGACAGCCCUGGCUCCUACCACAACGAGGAGGACGAGGAGGAGGAUGCUGGCGAGGAGGGCACGGACGAGCAGUACCGGCAGAUCUGUAACAUGUACACCAUGUACAGCAUGAUGAAUGUCGGCCAGACAGCCGAGAAGGUGGAGGCCCUCCCUGAGCAGGUGGCCCCUGAGUCCCGGAAUCGCAUCCGGGUGCGGCAGGACCUGGCGUCUCUCCCGGCUGAGCUCAUCAACCAGAUUGGCAACCGCUGUCACCCCAAGCUCUACGAUGAGGGUGACCCCUCCGAGAAGCUGGAGCUGGUGACAGGCACCAAUGUGUACAUCACGAGGGCGCAGCUCAUGAACUGCCACGUCAGCGCGGGCACGCGGCACAAGGUCCUGCUGCGGCGCCUCCUGGCUUCCUUCUUUGACCGGAACACGCUGGCUAACAGCUGUGGCACCGGCAUCCGCUCUUCCUCCAACAACCCCAGUCGCAAACCGCUGGACAGUCGUGUCCUUCAUGCUGUCAAAUACUACUGCCAGAACUUCGCUCCCAACUUCAAGGAGAGCGAGAUGAACGCCAUCGCAGCUGACAUGUGCACCAAUGCCCGCCGUGUCGUGCGGAAGAGCUGGAUCCCCAAGCUCAAGGUGCUCAUGGCCGAGGGUGACGCCUACACCACCUUCAUCAGCGACACGGGCAAGAUAGAGCCGGACAUGAUGGGCGUGGAGCACAGCUUCGAGACGGCCAGCCACGACGGCGAGGCCGGCCCCUCGGCUGAGGCCCUCCAGUAACUACCACCGGACCCUCCCCGCGGGGCCGUCACACUCCCCCCAUCCGCCCCAUCACACCCCCCCACCAUCUUGGUCACGAGCUACUGUCUGUCCCUCCCCAGGACCCGCGGGGGGCGCUGCAUGCUCCCAGCCCCUCUGCCUCCUCAUCCCACCCUCCGGCCACCAUCCGAGUGGGCUAGGAGAGGGCGGCAGCCGGUGCGAGCUCUGCGCUGCCUCUCUAGCAUGCUCGGGCACCGCUGGGGAGCCUGCGCUCCCCCUCCCCUAACCUCCAGCAGUGGUCUCUCCACUCACCAGGCCAGGUAUGGGGAGGGGCCGGCCUGGGGGGCUCAGGAAGGCCCCUUCCCCAGGCCCGGGGCCCCAGGGUUCUCAGGACCCCUCCUGCCACCACCUCCCAGUGCUUCCAUGUUUCCAAAAGCGCCUUCCUGACUCCCUCGUCUGUCCCUGCACCUGGGGGCUGGGGUAGGCGAGGCGGAGGGGACUGCCCAUUUCACAGCUGAGGGAACCCAGGCUCAGAGGAACUCCACCAUUGACCUAAGGUGGUGGGCGGUGGCGGGCCCGGCGCCCUUCUCCCCCCCCCCCAACCCUGCGCCCACCUCUAUUGCCCCCAUCUGUCCCCUGGGGCCUGAGAGGGGCAGGUCCUAAGUGGGGGGCUCUUGGAGGCAGGCCAGGGGUCUCUGCGAAUAGAAUGAGAGGUUUCCUGGGCUCACAGAAGUGUGUGCGUGUGUGCACGCGCACGCGUGUGUGUGUGUGUGUGUGUGUGUGUAGACGUUUUUGCUUUUAAACAAAUGAAGAUAUGAGAGGCAGUAGGGCCAGGGCUGGAAGUCAGGGGAGCAGGCUGGGGGGCUGCUGCCCUUGCCCCCCUCCCCCACCCCAGUCCCCGGCCCCAGCCCCUGUACAUAAUUUUUAAAGCAUUUUUUUAGCUAAUGAAAUAUUGAAGUAUAAGAUUCCUUUUAUUUUUCAAACCAACAGGACUGUGUCUGAUGUCCCCUUCGGUCCUGGGGGACGUGACAGGCAGAACGUGGUGGGGGCUGGGGGCAGGGUGAAUGCGUGCGUGUGUAUGGAGUGUGGGUGCGCAGUUCUGAGGCUGGGACUCGGCCAGGCCUCUGCUUGGGCUCUGUGGGUCUGACCAGGACCCCCUUGCUCCGCUGCUCCCCAGCGGGGUUCCAUUUGAGGGGUGGCCCUGGCCUUAGCCUGUUGGCUGAGCCCAGCUUCUGGGGACAAGGCAGGGCCCGCUUCCAUUGUUUAGCAGUUUGCAGAAUUUUCUCUAACCAUUCCUCUUUCUAUCCUCGCCCAGUGCGAGGGAUUUUUUUUUUUUUUUUUUUUUAAUUUUACAUGUGAACUUUGGAGGGUUCCUUUUUUUUUUUUACUCCCUGUUCCCCCACACUGGGUGUCCUUUUUUUCACAAUUUUCACCUUUUCCUCUCCAGCCCUGUCCCCACUGCCUCUCGUUUCUUCCCAGAUCUGACCGGCCCAUUCCUCCCAUUGCUCCCAGCGGCCUUUCCAGAGGCAGGGGGAUUGUAGGAGGUGGGGAGAGGGGGGUGGCGGCCAGCCCUGACUGGACCCUUGGAAUCUGACUUGGAGCCCUCCCUCACCACCCAGGAGCCCCCACCGAUCUGCAAGGGGGUCGCUCCUGACAUCUUGUUGUGGGGAUGUGGGGGUGUCUGGUCUGGCCAGUGUCCUGGCACCCUGCUUUCCUGGCCUGGCCCCCGCACCUUAGCCCUCAGCCGGCCCAGUGUAUGGGGGGAGUCGACGCCCCAGCUAAAGCACAAGCACCUUAGUCGCACCUCCCCCACACCCUUGUCCUGGCCUUGACAUCCUACCCCAGCAUCGAUCCCAAAGCACAAUAUCCUGGUCACUUGGCAAGCUGCCGGGCCGGCCAAGGCCGAGGGGCCGGCUGGGGCUCCAGCCAGACCCCACAAGGAAGGAGUCCUAGGCGCUGCCCUCCUUCCAGGCCUUAGCAGGGGCCAGCUCUCUGGGACUGGGGUCUUCUCCCUCCCUAGCCCUUUGUCCUGGAUAGGCCCCUGCCCAGCCCCUCCCUGCCUUGUCCCCGGGUGGGGCUUGCCCGUGUCCCUCCUCCGAGCCCCUGCAGCACUGGGUUGGGUGGGAGAGCCCCCUCAUUUCAGGGACCCCAGGAGGUGCCCCUGGCCCCGGGGACUGUGUUGGGGGGGAAGGGAGGGGAGGGGGGGUGGGCAGGGGUGCAGGGGAGGAAACUCCUCACCAGGAGAGCCAAAGACAGGGUUGUGCCUUACCCCAGGAGCCACCCCUGCGUCCCUCCCGCCCUGCCCUCCCCACCUCCUGGGCGGCCUGCUGCUUUUCCUUCUCUCCCCACCCCUGCCCUGCCCUGCUCUGAGCUGCAUGGUCCCCCCAACCCCGGGCAGCCCAGGGAGGAGCACGAAUGGAGAAUCACCAACCAACGCAAAAAAAAAAAAGAGAGACUGUGGGGGCCCCCCCUUCACCUCCCCUGGCCGCCCACUCACCCGCCUCUUUCACGCAGGACAGACCGCCCGCCCUGUCCGUGUGAAGUGCCAACGGCCUCCCCGCCCUGGGCCGACCCCCCACUCCCCGGGCCCGUAAGUGAGAUUGCACAUUAACUACUGUAAGGAGAGGAGCCGCACUGGGAAAUGUGAACCAUGAGAAUAUCAGUGACACUGAUGAGGAGAAUAAACUAAACGCCUUUGUAACA